AUGGCUCUCUCGCUGCUGGCGCGUUUCGCUGUCAUCCCGAGACAUCCCGUCUCGAUCACAGCUCUGAGGUGUGCUUCGAAAAAAGUCGAUAAGUCGAGAGUUCCAGUCAUCGGAGAAGAAGAUAUCAUCGAGCAGUUUGUCAAAGGCUCGGGCCCCGGAGGACAGAGCGUCAACAAAACCGUCAAUUGUGUCGUCUUGUGUCACAGACCGACCGGUGUCGUAGUGCGCUGUCAUGAGUCUCGACUGCAACACCAGAAUAGGAGGAUGGCUCGGCAGCUCCUCGUUGAGAAAGUCGACGACUUCAUAAAUGGCGAGAUGUCGGUGCGGAAUCAGAAGAUACGGAUAGAGAGGGAACGGAAGAUCAAGGCGGAGCAGAGAGCCAAGAAACUUCGCGAAAAGAAACGUCUCGAGAAAGAAGAGAAGCAGCGCCUGCAAGAGGAAGAAGAAGAAGAGGAAGGACUUGUCGACCGGUGGACGAAGUUCCAGAGGGCACAAGCAGAGAAAGAAAGCUCGUAG